AUCCAAUGACUCAUGGACUACUUUGGGGAUUGCUGAUCGGAGUUAAUUUUUAAAUUAAUGUCAAUGAUUUACUUACUUAUACUACUCAUCUGAUAAAUAUUCGACUUUCCAUUUUUGACUAGGAGGAGGAUAUCUACAAAGACGAUAAUCAAGUAGUAUUUGAAUUUGAUAUAAGAACUUGGAUAGUUAAUGGUAAGAAAAAUAAGACUAGAUAAAACAUCCUUGAUCUAUUGCUUAAAUAAAUAUUUUCACAAAUAUUCAUUUCUCAUGUGUAUUUAAUAUCAUAGUAAAUACUAAAUAUCCUCACAAAUUUCAUCGUGUUAAUUUGAAUUGUUUCCCAUAAUUUACUAAAAUCAAAAUCAGCGAAAUUUGGAAACUACAAUCUUCUUUAACUCUACGUAUAUGUAUAAAUACCAGUCUUCUUUUGACGCCGAAUAUUCCUCCUUUUCAGUUUAUCCAAAUAUUCAUAAAAAAUAGAUACCGAAAAUAUGAAUUUCUCUUUACUUUCUACAAUGUUAUUAGCAUUAGCAUUGUCUUUUGUCUGCUUGUUUUCUGUUGGUCAUGCUCAAGAACUUUCAGGAAAUGCAAGAGUUUCUGCACUCUUCGCUUUUGGAGAUUCCAUGCUCGAUACCGGAAACAACAACAAUCUCAGGACUCUUACCAAAUGCAAUUUCUCUCCGUAUGGUAGAGACUUUGCUGGUGGAAAAGCCACUGGAAGAUUUGGAAAUGGACGAGUUUUCUCAGAUCUUAUUGCCGAAGGUUUGAGCUUAAGAACUCUCUUACCAGCUUACCGUGAUCCAAACCUUUCCAACAAUGAUCUCCCGACCGGUGUUUGUUUUGCAUCCGGUGGUUCAGGUCUCGAUGAACGCACUGCCAGUUCACAAGGAGUUAUAUGGGUGACAGAUCAGGUGAAAGAUUUCAAAGAGUAUGUCACUAAACUAAACGGCGUUGUAGGAGAACAAACAAACGCACUUAUAUCAAACGCCGUUUAUUUAAUCUCAGCUGGUAAUAACGAUCUUGCCAUCACCUUUGCGACUGGGCGGGCACAAUCCACUAUUUCAGAUUACACUGAUCUCAUGGUCACUUGGACUGAUAAUCUUUUAAAGAGUCUAUAUGAUACUGGAGCGAGAAAGUUUGCGGUUCUUGGAACACUACCAUUAGGUUGCUUGCCAGGAGCAAGAGACGCGGCUGGAAAUUUUUUGAAAGUAUGUGCAUAUCCUGCAAAUCAAUGGGCUGAUACGUUCAACAAAAAGUUAGCAGCUAAACUUAACAAUCUCGGGACAACACUUCCUGGUGCCAAGUUUGUCUACGUAGACAUGUAUAAUUCUCUUCUUGAUCUCAUCAACAAUCCUCAGGCUUCAGGGUUUAUUGAUGCGGCUGAUGGAUGUUAUAUGCCGACGAUUUCUCCUGUUCCUUGCCCGGAUGCAUCUCGUUACGUGUUUUGGGACAUUGGACAUCCUAGCGAGAAGUCAUACCAAACGAUUUCACCAAAGAUAAUUGAAGAACUCAAGGAGAAACUGGCAUGAUCGAUUUCUACAUUUAUAUUUAUUUUUAACUUUGUUAUAGUUAUUAUUCAUGUUCUGAAUUCCAUAUUCAUAGACUAAUAAAAAAGUCACAAGAUACAAAACCAGUGUUCGCUUCUCUUAACAGACAUUUGGGGAUCUUUUCUAUCGAGUAAUUAACCAAUGUCGUGUCUGGAGACAAAGCUUGUACUCUAAAAAGAUAAGCUUCAUUUUCAUCAAUCAAACAAGAGGAAUUAAAUCAAUAUGAAGUACAAAGUCGGUUAAAUAUAGACGUGAGAUAAUGGUUCUGUUUGAAGUGCACCUUGCGUUUACAUACGGCUAAGAAAAAGUGGGCAGCUCAAUCCUCGUGACUUCGUUCUUGACGUUCAAACGUGAGAUAUUAUUUCAGACUACACAAGGCAUUCCAUGAUGUUGUCUAUGGUCCGAUGAUGAUGCUCAAGAUCAGUAACAACAGAGAUUUUUGCUAAGUCAGAUGAAGUAAAUGUAGAAAAAUCUAAAGAGAGAAUGCAAACUUUGAAGAUUUGGGGGGGGGGGGGGGGGGGAGGGAAAUCGGGUGAAGGGAACGAGAAUUUAAGUCUGGAUUUGAAGUAAAUAUAAAUCUUUAUGAAACGGUUCUGAAUUUAGAAAAGAAGAAAGAGGUGGGAAGAAGAAUUAAAAACGGAGGAAGAAACUGUGAAACCACCAGAUUUAAUACUCGCUCUUUCUUCUGUAUCUCCUUUUUAUUUUUAUUCUUAACAGGGGCAUUUUCGGAUCAGAAAAUUCAAAAGGUAGACUUAAAGUAUUCCUCCAGGCUCCAGCAGAAAGUACCUAAAAAUGUUAUAGACCCAACAUAAAUUAACCCUUUAGUGUAAUGCUCUCUAAAACAUGAUGUGUUAGUUUUUUUCUAAAAAUUAAUUAUUUAAUA